AUGUUGAAAUAUUAUCCAACUCUACUGAUAUUAGGUUUAUUAUCUUUAUUGCCCUUCACCUCUGCGUUCUUCGAAGAAUUCUUCCAACAAGGAUUUUUUCAGCAUCAACAAAACCAUCAACAAAAACAACAAGUUUCACAUGAAGAGUCAGUUUUGAAUAAUAAUGAAUGUUCCAAAUACCUAUGUCCAGAAACUAAAGCAUGUGUGGAUAAACCAAUUGAUUGUCCUUGUCCAUAUCCAGCAAGUCAAUUGAAAUGUAUUUUACCCGAUAACAAAAAUUACGUAUGUAUAUCAAAGCCUGCUGUCGAUGAUCCCAAAUUGAUGGAAUUGUAUGAUGAUCUUGAAAAGGGACCUAAGCAACAUAAUGAAGGUGUAAGAGAUUGUGGUUGGGUUAUAGACGCCUCAAAGGGAUUGGUGUAA